AUGUUAAAAUCUAUUGUACAACGUCCACUUAACAUGGUAGCAUCAACUUGUCGUACAGUAUCAAAUAAUUCCCAAGUACAAGAUAUACUUGAUAAAUAUGAUCCUCAACAGGUAACAUUACUUUAUGAACCAUUAAUGAUUGUUGAUUCUAAAGAUAAUAUAAUUGGUCAAGUAACAAAAAAAGAUGCACAUCUUUUAUCCAAUAUUGAAGGUGAAAAAUCAUUAGUUCAUCGAGCAUUUUCAUUUUUUUUAUUUGAUAAUUCAACAUCACCAUCACGUCUUAUAUUACAACAACGAUCAUCAGAAAAAAUUACAUAUCCAUCAUUAUGGGCUAAUACAUGUUGUAGUCAUCCAUUAUAUAAUGAUAUUGAAACAAAUGGUAUUGAUGGUGUUAAACAUGCAGUUAUUCGUCGUGUUAAAUAUGAACUUGGUUAUGAAUCUGAUGUUGAUUUAAUUUAUUUACAAAGAAUUUUUUAUCAAGCAAGAAACAUUCCGGAUGAUAAUGUAUUUGGUGAAAGUGAAAUUGAUUAUAUUGUUGUUGCAAAACAUAAACAAAAUAAUAACAUUGAUUUCUCAACAGAUUUUAAAUUAAAUAUAAAUGAGGUUAAAGAAAUAAGAUCAGUUUCAUUAAAAGAUUGUGAAGAACUUGUUGAACAAGGUGUAACAACACCAUGGUUUUCAAAAAUUGUUCGAGAAGGUUUAUUAGCAAAAUGGUGGUCAAUUUUAGAUAAAAACCAAUUCGAUAAAAACACUCAACAUUCAGACGAAAUUAUUAAUUUGUGA